AUGACUUUCUUUCUUCUGUUUAUAAUUGUAAUAGAUGUUGGACACUUUGACUCCAAGUAUGUUAUACAGAAACGCAGUGAUUUUUUGCAAAAGGCAAAACUAUGUGUUCGAAGAAUUGUGGAGAGGAGGAUAUUUACCAGUGGUAAAGAUGAAAUUGGGUUGAUUGUACUUGGUUCUGACAAGACACAGAAUCCACUUGAUUACCCAAAUGUUAGUGUGGAAUUUCCUCUUGCACUACCUACAUGGCAGAUGAUAUCCUUUGUGGAGAAAUCUUUUCAUGAAAGUGAAAUAAAAAGAGAUUGGAUAGAUGGUGUUGUUGUUGGUGCCUUGAAGGAAAUGAAAGAUCUCGAAAGUGUCUUAAUGACAACCGAUGGCCUCAUGUUGACAAGACAGCUGGUUGCCUUGCAGAGGGCAGGGCUUGACGGUCUGAACAUCAGCUUAGACACCCUGCAGUCCCAACGCUACAACCAGAUCACGAGGAGGAAAGGCUGGGAGCGUGUCAUGGUUGGCAUAGAUCUAGCCUUGCAACUUGAAUACGACCCUGUGAAGAUAAAUUGUGUUGUAAUGCGAGGUUUUAAUGAAGAUGAAGUGUGCAGUUUUGUGGAGUUAACAAAAGAGAAAAAUGUUGAUGUAAGAUUUAUCGAGUACAUGACUUUCAGCGGCAACAAAUGGAAUGAUGGGAAGAUGCUCUCAUUUAGUGAAAUGGUCCAAAUAAUUAGAAAGCAGUGGCCUAAUUUUGAUCCUCUGCCCAAUGGGCCCAAUGAUACCUCAAAGGCAUACCAUGUCCCGGGCUUCAAGGGACGUGUGGGAUUUAUUACCUCAAUGAGUGAACACUUCUGUGGCACGUGCAACCGUUUACAGAUAACAGCUGAUGGCAAUUUGGAGGUGUGUCUCUUUGGGAAUUCAGAGAUAUCUCUCAGAGAUGCAAUACGAAGCAAAUGCAGUGAGGAUGACUUGCUUGCCAUGAUUGGGGCAGCAGUGAGAAGAAAGAAGAAACAACAUGGAGGCAUGCUGAACCUGUCAAAGAUGAAGAAUCGGCCAAUGAUUCUUAUUGGAGGAUAA